GUGCAGGAAGGGCCGGGAGGAGCCAUGUUGUACGGCGGCUGGGAGCAGCCAUGUUGUACGGGCCGGGCGUGGCGGCGGCCAUGUUGUAGGCGGCCGGGGACCUGAGGCGGAGCGGCUCGGACUUCAAGAUGACAGGAAGAGAAUUUCUUGAACUAGAUUCUCCAGCGCAGAGACUAUAUUUGGAAAGAAUAAAGCGGAUGGAAAUCAUACAGAAGUUGCUAAAUGAGCUUCCUAAAACAGACCAGAACCUUUGCAAUCAUGGAUCAUACUUCCUUGCAGGAAAUUCAAGCUUAUGUGGCUUAACAGCCAAUAAUUACUUCAGGAAGAUCCUAAACGUCAGAAAGGCUGCCAUAGUGUCUGCUUUGCCGAUGGCUGUUAUUCCAUUUCUCUCAACAGCAGCAGUUUAUGAAGUCUUUGUGCGCGAACCUUUAUUUGCAGGUGAGCUGAACUGUGAAGUCUGCACUGUGGUCAGAGGAGGAUUAGUAGGGGCUGUUGUGGGUGGUCUCUAUCCUAUUAUCAUGGCUCUCCCUGUGAACGCAAGCCUUGCAGCCAGGUAUGCUUCAUCUCCCUUGCCAGGGAAAGAGAACUUACUACGCUUCUGGCUCAUGGUUUCUCGGCCUGUCUUUAGAAAGAUGAGUUUCGGUGUGCUGAUACAGGUUCUGACUGGAUUUUAUCUCGCCACUAAGCAUCAUGGAAUAUACAUCAAAAUACUAGAGAACAUGAAGCCAAGUAGGGAUCCUGAAGAGCUACAAGCCUGAAGUGAAAGAACUUUCUGGUUGCCUUGGAUAAGUAAUAAACAAAGAAAGAAG